AUGGGCUUUGAUUUGGAGCCGGGGGUGAGGGGCGAGGGGCCGGGGGACAAAUCGCUCGUUACGGGUGCAGGCCCCGUCCACACUGCGGUCCGGGCCUCACGCGCUACACUCCUACAAUUACGCGCUUGUGUCAUAUUUACAGCGCAGGUAAUUGCCAUUCAAUUACGAGGCCAGCCUGCUGUGUGUGAGGGAGAGGUCCGAGAGCUGGUGCUGAUGCUGUCUCGCUCCAUCUUACAUGCAGCCGGCCGGCUAUCAAUCAUGAAGCACCCCCCGCUGGACGAAGCAAGGAUGGCACCGAGACCGAAACUCAGAAAGCGACCACACCAAAUUCAUUCUAACUAUUGCAUUUAA